AUGAACUACAAAAAGCUAACGUGCAUGCACAGAAACUAUGGAAAUGAAAUGUUGGUCUUUAUUACAAAUGAGAUUGACUAUAAACAUGAGGUAUUCUUUCUACAACCGUACAAUUUGCCAGGGAUACGGUGUGACCAGAAUAAAUACUUUACUUUUAUCUUAACAGGAUUGAAAAAACGUACAAGGAAGGCUUUUGGAAUACGCAAGAAAGAAAAAGACACUGACUCGACGGGUUCGCCAGAUCGAGAUGGAACUAAGAAAAGUAAUGGUGCUCCAAAUGGAUUUUAUGCAGAAAUCGACUGGGAGCGAUAUAAUUCCCCAGAAGUUGAUGAUGAAGGUUACAGCAUCAGGCCGGAUGACAAAUCAGGUUCUACCAAAGAGAAACACUUUUAUUCGUCAAGUGAAUCUGAAUCAGAAGAAGACACACGGCGAAAAUUCAACAUUAAGAUUAGGCCUCUCCAGGCUAAAGAUUCCAUCAUGUGUGUGGCAGCAUCAGUGGAUGAGCUGAAGGCUUCUGUGGGGAAUAUUUCUCUGUCACCUUCACCAAUGAGGCGCAGUCCAGCAAUUAUCAAAAGGAAUUUAUCCAGCGAAGAAAUAGCUCGACCAAGACGGUCAACACCCACAUCAGAAGUUGUCAGUAGUAAAAAGGUGCCAGAGGAUACAGCAUCUCUGAUUCCACUCUUUGGCCCACCAUUGGAGUCUGCUUUCGAAGGCAUUACAUCAGAAGCUGUCAUUGAUCAACCUGAGAUCUGGGGGCCAUUCGAAGCCAUUGACUCCGAAAGACGGUCAUCUUUGUCGACUCGGUCAUUUCCUAUUGGAACUCCCCCACCACUGCCCCCAAAACAUGUCCCAGCCACACCACCUCGCACAGGAUCACCAUCAGCAGAAUGUUCAGACCACACUAUUCUGAAAGGCACCAAGUCAGACUUUGACGCAGCAACGCAGCAAGCUUUACCGAAUUCAGCCCUUGGGACUAUAGGGAGUGACCAGGGCAAAGCAGAGCCCCAGCCUGAUAAACUGUUGUCUAUCAGUGACCUGGAUGAUAUUUUUGGCCCAGUUGUAUCUCUCAGAUCUGGAGUUAUCCUGUCGAAGAACAAGUGGAUUGAUUUCUCUGAUCAACAUGCUAGCGAUGAGAUCUCACCAGUGGCUCUGGGUGAAAAGAAGUCCCUUGAUGCCCCUCCGAGUGUUUCUGUGUCUCUAGACCAUGACGGGAGUGAGAAAAAGAGUUCUGAGCAGGUUUUGGUCAAGAGUGAAAAGAGCGAGUCAUCCUCCUCCCUGAAAGAGCUGGCAAUGGUGCAAAAGACCACACCCCCUCCCCCUCCACCUCCUACCUACAGAACAGUGGUAUCUUCUCCAGGACCCAGUUCAGGCAGUGGCGUAUCCAACAGUAGUGGUUCUUCAUCUCCUGCCCGUCCAGCAACACCAUUGAACGUGACCAGUAACACUCCUCCUCCUCCACCACCUCGCCCUCCAUCGCGGCCUAAACUGCCUCCUGGAAAACCUAGUGUUACCGACAUGUCCAGGUCUUUUAGUCCUCCAAUACAUUCAUCUAGUCCUCCACCAGUAGCACCACUAGCUCGAGCAGAAAGCACUUCCUCCAUAUCGUCAACUAACUCACUGAGUGCUGCCACCACCCCUACAGUCGAGAAUGAUCAACCCUCCUUGGUAUGGUUUGAUAGAGGAAAAUUUUAUUUGACUUUUGAUGGGGCUUCCCGAGGACCCAGCCCCUUGACAAUGGGUGCACAGGAUACGCUCCCUGUUGCCGCAGCCUUUACAGAAACUGUCAAUGCUUACUUCAAAGGAGCAGACCCAAGCAAGUGUAUUGUGAAAAUUACAGGAGAAAUGGUUCUAUCGUUUCCAGCUGGCAUCACCAGGCAUUUUGCCAAUAACCAAUGCCCUGCAAUUCUCACAUUCUGCAUAACAAACUGCAGCAGGUUGGAACACAUCCUGCCAAACCCACAACUUCUCUGCAGUAGCACUUCGCAAGGUGAUGCCAAUACAAGAGAAUUCUGGGUAAACAUGCCAAAUCUAAUGACUCAUUUAAAGAAAGUGGCUGAGCAGAAACCAUCAGCCACAUAUUAUAAUGUGGAUAUGCUAAAGUAUCAGGUCUCUUCACAGGGUAUUCAGUCCACACCAUUGAACCUAGCAGUGAGCUGGCGCUGUGAACCCACCAGCACUGAUCUCCGAAUAGAUUAUAAGUAUAAUGCAGAGGCAAUGGUUACACCUGUCGCUCUCAAUAAUGUCCAGUUCCUCACUCCUGUAGAUGGAGGAGUAGCAAAAGUACAGGCUGUACUUCCACCUGCUGCAUGGAAUGCUGAACAACAUAGGAUACUUUGGAAGAUCCCAGAUAUAUCCCAGAAAUCAGAAAAUGGAGGUGUUGGAUCUCUCCUCGCCAGGUUUCAGCUAUCAGAAGGACCAAGUAAGCCUGCAACAUUGGCUGUCCAAUUCACCAGUGAAGGGAGCACUUUGUCAGGCGUCGAUAUUGAAUUGGUUGGGGCAGGAUAUAGGUUUUCACUCAUUAAAAAGAGAUUUGCAGCAGGGAAAUACAUGGCCGACAACUGAAUUCUCAAAACUUUGUCCAGUGUUCAAUGUUACUCACCGGACAGCUUUUUAAAAACAAACAGGAGAUGUUAAGGACUGAACCUGUAACCAAACUUUUAUUCACUGAUUUCAAACUUCUGUUCCAUGCAGCCAGAGCAUUUCCAACAAGAACUCAGAACACCAGAAAUUGCCAACCAGUCCUGCAGUAUUAUUAUAUGAUUGAUGUGACAUUGGUAACAUUUCGUAUUUUACAGUGUAAUAAAUGUAUUUGUAAUUUGGUAUUCACUUCUUCCCCAUACUCUUCACUUCAGAUACCCCUGUAUUUCAGCUGUUAUAGGCAUUUCAGAGAUAUCACAAUUAACUU